AUACCCAUUCAGAGACUGAAGGCCAGGACUUCCAGCAUACCCAGUCUCCAGGUUGUACAGGAGUGAGGUGAUGCACAUCAUGGCCUUGAGGUUUAAGAAGGGUGGAGUCUCUCCCCUGAGGGCAGGGCCAGGGCCCUUGUGACUCCUGUAAAUCCCUGUAGGCCAGCCUGCUGCCUGGGAAGAGAAGAGCAAGACCUCUCCCCCUCUGGGAUCCUUCUCCCUGCCCAGCUCAGUCUGCAGAGGACCAAGGCCUGGCCCCAGCAGGGAGCCUGGAGCCAGAGGGAAUGGCCCCUGGGAGCAGCAGCCCCCCUCCCCAGGGGUUGGUGACAUUCAAGGACGUGGCUGUGGACUUCACCCAGGAGGAGUGGGGCCUCUUGGACCAUCCUCAGAAGGAGUUGUACAAGGGUGUCAUGCUGGAGAAUGCCCGGAACCUGCUCUCCCUGGGGCUGCCAGUUCCCAGCGAAGACGUGAUCUCUUACUUUGAGCAAAGGGAAGCCCCAUGGAUGCUGGAGCAAGAAGGCCUGGGGAGCUGCUGUCCAGAAGGAGAGAUCAGUCUGGAAAUGAAGGAAACUGCUGCAGAGCUAACUCUUUCUGUGGAAGAAACUCACAAGCAAAGAUUCAUGAAUGAUGGUCCCUCUGACCAUUGGACAGAAGUCUCCACAACACCUGAGAAUAUCCAUACUGCAGAGAAAUAUGACUGUAAACAAUGCGGAAAGGCUUUUAGGCACAUGAGAUCUCUUAAUGGACAUCAAAGAAUCCACACUGACAAGAAACCUUAUGAAUGUACCCAAUGUGGAAAAAUAUUUACACAGAAGGCCUCUCUCACUGUACAUCAGAGAAUCCACACUGGAGACAAACCUUAUGGAUGUACCCAGUGUGGAAAGGCUUUUAAAAAGAAGUCCUCUCUCACUGAACAUCAGAGAAUUCACACUGGAGUGAAACCUUAUGAAUGUACCCAGUGCGGAAUGGCUUUUAAACGGAGGGAAUGUCUUACCCACCAUCAGAGAAUCCACACUGGAGAGAAACCUUAUAAAUGUUAUCAGUGUGGAAAGACUUACAGACAGAAGCACAUUCUAGUUGAACAUCAGAGAAUCCACACUGGAGAGAAACCUUAUAAAUGUAAUCAAUGCGGAAAGACUUUCAGAGGUAGGAAGGCUAUUGUUGAUCAUCAAAGGAUCCACACUGGAGAGAAACCUUAUGAAUGUAAUCAGUGUGGAAAGGCUUUUAUACAGAGGGCUCGUCUUAUUAUGCAUCAGAGAGUACACACUGGAGAGAAACCUUACAAAUGUAAUCAAUGUGAAAAGGCUUUUACAUGUAAGGGCAGUCUUGUUGUACAUGAGAAAGUCCACACUAGAGGGAAACCUUAUGUAUGUAAUCAAUGUGGAAAGACUUUUACGUGGAAGGAGAGUCUUAUUAUACAUGAGAGAAUCCACACUGGAGAGAAACCUUAUGAAUGUAAUCAAUGUAGAAAGGCUUUUAUAACGAAGUCCACUCUUAUUCUACAUCACAGAAUCCACACUGGAGAGAAACCCUAUGAAUGCAAUCAAUGUGGAAAGGCUUUUACUCAGAAGCCCUCUCUUACUCUACAUCAGAGAAUCCACAGUGGAGAGAAACCUUAUGAAUGUACACAGUGUGGAAAAGCUUUUAAACGGAGGAGCCAUCUUACCCAACAUCAGAAAAUCCACACUGGAGGGAAACCUUAAGAAUGUAAUCACUGUGGUAAAGCCUUCAGACUGAAGUCAGUCUUCUGUACCUUUAAGUAUCCUGAUUCAAUUCUGGGCCAUCUGUUGUUAUCUCUACCAGCCAAGAUGAUGUCAUUCCUGGAAAUUUUGUCUCUAGGUGUUUUUGUACAAUUGGUGGAAAUUUGUUAUCCUUAGUUAUUUCUGCAAGAUCCAGUUGGAAAGUAUCAACAUUUUCAAGAUGAAAAGAGGGGCUGUUUCCAGCCCACAUUUCAGAAUUUUAGCCAAUCAUAUUCUUCUUGCCCUCAUGAUGCUUUAACCACUUACAUUGUUUUCCCCACCUACCAACUUCUGUUCUUUCUUCCAUCCAUCCAUGACCCAUGGGCCAUAGCAGACCAGGCUCAUCUGUGUUCCACUAUUUCUCAAAGUCUGUCCAAGUUCAUUUUUGUUUUUUCCAUGUCACUAUCCAUCUCA